AUGUCGGAGCUGCCGCUUUUGGCCUGUGUGCUCCUCUCCUGGAUCAUCACCUGCCAAUCUGGGCCAUGGGGACCUUGCACAGAUUUGUUACCAUUAGACCUCAUGUCCCAGGUGCUUCCUGCAGCUGGGAAAGCGCAGAAUGGGAUCCGUAUGGUCCAGUCCAGGGGUGCUCGUGGAUUCCAGUUUUCUGGAUCUCCACAACUUUUCAGCUUCCCUGCAUCUCAGCUGUUUAUUAAUUGUAAUUUUUUUCCUGCUGAAUUCUCCAUCAUUGUCACACUGAAAAUCCCUAAAAUGACUCCUGAGAAGAGUGAAUAUAUAUUCACACUGCUGGAUGGAGAUUCAGAUGAGCUGCUCCUCGGCUUGCGGCUGUCCCAAAACAAGCUCCACAUCCUGCAUAAGGGCCAGGGCAGCAGGAAACGCAUCACUUUUAAGGCAGUCGGCCUGGCUGACAACUGUUGGCACACUGUUGUCUUGGCAGUGACUGGACACUACACAAUUCUCACUGUAGACUGUGGCAUACCCCUCAACCUAGUGCUUGAUAGCCCCUUCCCUGAUGAUCUUGAUACAGCUGGCUCAACAUUCUUCAUUGCUAGUAGAAGAAGAUGGAACAGCUUGUUUUCUGGGCUGAUGCGUCAGCUGGUUCUGCUACCUGGUUCGGAUGCUACCUCACAAAUAUGCCCCUCAUCUGAGCCUCAGCUGUCUGCACUCUCUGUUCCCCAGCCACUCUUACACCUGCCAAUCAAAUCAUCUUCCACUGACCUUCCCCUCCCUCCCUAUGAGGCAGAGGUUCGGGUGACAGCAGGUGUAAGUCCUCCUUGUGGAUUCUCGGAGGAGGGCCAGCUGUGGUUCAACACCUUGCAGGGAGGCCUGCUUCUCUGUGAUGGAAUCAUGUGGCUCACUAUGCUGCAAGUGAAAGAGAGGCUGGACUAUGUGGAGGAUCACCAGGAUUUAUUCACCAACUCUGAGACAUUUGACAUUGAAGUUUUCCAGAUCCCUUCUGUAGGGCUCUUCAUUGCAACCGCCAACCGUGAUUCCAGCCUCGGGUCGGGAAUAUACAAAUGGACAGAUGGGAAGUUUGAACGAUAUCAGAAUAUCAGCACCUAUGAUGCACAAGCAUGGCAAUACUUCACAGUGGGCAAAAAGAAAUUCCUGGUUGUUGCUAACUGCAGAGCUAUGGAUAAUGGGAAUCAGGAACAGUCUGUAAUAUAUAAAUGGAGUUCAAGGAAGCGGAAGUUUAUUCACUAUCAGACUCUGAACACAUACAAUGCUCGAGAUUGGGAGGCCUUCCACAUUCAAGAUGAAGCUUUCCUUGCUGUAGCCAAUCAUAGGCAAGGGGAGAGGAAUCACAAUAUUGAUAGUGUAAUCUACAAGUGGAAUCCAGUUACCCAGUUUUUUGAGGUCAAUCAAACAAUCCAAACAUCGGGUGCUUAUGAUUGGGAGUUCUUCAUGACGGGCCCAUAUAACUUCCUUGUGGUCGCAAACACCUUCAAUGGAAGAUCGACAGUCAUCUAUUCUACCAUCUAUAUCUGGCUGGGAGGGAUGUUUCAGCCUUACCAGUCCAUUAAAACAUUUGGGGCGAUAGACUGGGAGAUGUUCCAGAUUGAAAACAGGAUCUUUCUGGCUGUGGCGAACAGUCAGAUGCUCACGGAGGAGGGCAAGAUUAUGUACUCCAUCAACUCCACCAUCUAUGAGCUCAGCAUGACAUCACAGGCCUUCAUAAAGUUUCAGGAUAUCGAAACUAACAGUGCUCUGGACUGGGAGUAUUUUACUGUUGGAGAUGACAAGUUUUUGGCGGUGGCCAAUUCCUAUGAUGGAACAUCAUACUCACUAAAUAGUGUUAUAUACAGGUGGCAGGGCUAUGAGGGCUUUGUGCCUGUGCACAGACUGAACACCAAUGGUUGCAGAGACUGGGAAUUUUUUAACACAACCGAUGGCUCCUACCUCAUCUACUCCAGUGCCAGAGCGGCUCUCUCUAAAGUUCUUAAAUUAAGGACCAUUUAG